GUGAUAUCAACUUCCCAAAAAGGCAAGAUUGAAGCUAUCCUCGGUCCGACUGCGACUCCGGCCUUCGGGCAUCGACAAACACCCAACCCGCAGUCUCGUGGCUGGCUCACCACCGCAGCUGUUCACGCGCCGGUCGCUGCACCUAUUGUCGACUCCUCAUUAGCUGUUGGUUCUCUUGAGCUAGGACUAGAAACCAUGGCGACAAGUGUGGAUGCCAAGCUGCUGAAGCAGACCAAAUUUCCUCCGGAAUUCAGCCGGAAGGUGGACAUGACCAAGGUCAACAUUGAGGUGAUGAAGAAAUGGAUUGCUGGAAAGAUCUCCGAGAUCCUGGGAAAUGAAGAUGACGUCGUUAUUGAGCUCUGCUUUAACCUUUUAGAAGGGUCGCGGUUUCCCGAUAUCAAGUCCCUGCAGAUUCAGCUCACUGGAUUCCUCGAUAAAGAUACUGGCAAGUUUUGCAAGGAGCUGUGGUCGCUAUGUUUGAGUGCCCAGGAAAACCCCCAGGGUGUGCCCAAGGAGUUGCUGGAGGCAAAGAAACUGGAGCUUAUCCAAGAGAAGCGGAAAGAGCCGCCGAAGAAGCCCGCAAACAGAAGGAACAGGAGCGCGCACGAGAACGAGAACUUGAAGACCUUCGACGCAGAGAACGAUCUGAGCGCACAAGGGGAGGAAGAAGAGGCGGUGGCCGCGGUGGUCGAGACUUUGAUAGACGUCGGUCGCCUCCGCGACAGCGCAGCCGUGACCGUUUCCGAGGUCCGCCUGGCAGACGAGAGUUCGACUCCUACGUGCCCUCAGGCUCUCGUCGAGGCCGUCGGCCAUCCCGUUCGCCCAGUCGCUCUCGCUCUCGCUCCGUGUCUUCCUCGCGCUCGCCUCCACCACGUCGGCGCCAUCCUGGCAACGACCGGAACCGACGACGUCGGUCAAUUAGCGGCUCUGUCUCCCCGGACCGCGGUGAUCGCAGGAGGCCCAGGAGACGCAGCCCUGAUUACGUCCCAGAAGAGACCGACGGAGACGGAGAUCCGUUUCUUCCCGCAGUGCAUCGCGUUCACCUGUCCACAGAGACCGGCGCAGGAGAAGAGGUUCUUCGGCAUCAAGGUCCCGUUCGAGGCCCGCAAGUCCCGUGACGACCGUCGCUUGAGUCGCAGCAGAGAGCGCAAUGACACCCGCAGACGCCGGUACUCAUCCCAGAGUGUCAGCCGCAGCCGCAGUCGAGGCCGUUCCCGCAGCGCCAGCCAGGAUUCCCGCAGUCGGAGUCGGAGUCGCAGCCGUAGCCACAGUCGCAUGAGGGAUAGGAAGCGGCGUCGGUCCAUUGAGAGAUAUGCCCCAGUUGCACGGAGACGGCGCAACACGUCCUCCGUAUCCGUCCCCAGUGAUAAGCGAAAGAGGAUGGCUGAUGAAGACGAGGAUGCCGCCAAACGAUCACCACCGCCGGCUGAGAAGCCAAGCUCGAGCGACCACGAGAUGAAGGAUGCCACUGAGACUGCUGUUCCCUCCAAUAACGCAGCUCGUGUACGCAUCUCCAGCUCCGAACUACGCGAGAAGCUGCUCCGCGAGAAGAUCAUCGCGAUGCGCCGGACCGCCUCGAGCGACAAGGGCACACACAGCUUCACCUACAUAAACCACAUACCAAAGCCCCACUAA